ACGGCACGCCCUUCCGCCGCCGCCGCGGAGCGGAGGAAACACCGGGCCGCCCUGAGGAGCGCGGAGCAGCGCGGAGGGUCCCGUCCCCCCCGCCCCCGCCGCAACCGGAAGAAAAUGAACCUGAAGUCUGAACGCAGAGGAAUUCACGUUGAUCAGUCAGAGCUACUGUGCAAGAAGGGAUGUGGUUACUAUGGCAAUCCUGCUUGGCAGGGAUUUUGCUCCAAGUGCUGGAGAGAGGAAUACCAUAAGGCCAGGCAGAAACAGAUUCAAGAGGAUUGGGAGCUGGCAGAGCGGCUUCAGCGUGAGGAGGAAGAAGCCUAUGCCAGUAGCCAGAGUACCCAAGGGGCGCAGUCACUGACAUUUUCAAAAUUUGAAGAAAAGAAAACCAAUGAGAAAACACGAAAGGUCACUACUGUGAAGAAGUUCUUCACUGCUUCUUCCAGAACAGGAGCUAAGAAGGUGGCUCAAGAGAAAAUCGUUAAGCAAGGACAGCUUGGGAGGGAGCGAAAUGCUGAUAACAUUCUCAGGGAUUUGAAGGAGAUUUUUACUCCCUCCUGGGAACUGGCUUCCCCUACUGAAGUGUUGGCUGGCAAGUUGAAAGAGAUCCAAGAAGCCAAGGCUCCCAGCCCUUCUAUAAACAGGCAGGCUAGCAUUGAGACCGAUCGAGUAUCCAAGGAAUUCAUAGAAUUUCUCAAGACAUAUCAUAAGCCUGGACAAGAUAUCUAUAAGCAAUGUAAACUAUUUUUGGACACAAUGAAUCAUAAAAGGGACUUAAGUAUUGAGGAGCAAUCUGAAUGUGCCCAGGAUUUCUAUCAAAAUGUAGCAGAGAAGUUACAGACACGUUGGAAAGUGCCCCCUGAAAAAGUUGAGAAAGCAAUGGAUCAGAUUGAAAAAUACAUCAUGACUCGACAGUAUAAAUAUGUCUUCUGCCCUGAAACAACUGAUGAUGAGAAGAAAGAUCUUGCUGUCCAAAAGAGAAUCAGGGCUUUGCACUGGGUAACUCCACAAAUGCUGUGUGUUCCUGUCAAUGAAGAAAUUCCAGAAGUUUCUGAUAUGGUUGUAAAAGCAAUUACAGAUAUUAUCGAAAUGGAUUCAAAGCGUGUCCCUCGUGAUAAAUUAGCAUGUAUCACCAAGUGCAGCAAGCAUAUAUUUAAUGCUAUUAAAAUCACAAAAAAUGAACCAGCUUCUGCUGAUGACUUUCUUCCAACACUUAUAUACAUUGUUUUGAAGGGAAACCCACCCCGUCUGCAGUCUAACAUCCAGUAUAUAACACGCUUCUGUAAUCCAAGCAGGUUGAUGACAGGAGAAGAUGGCUACUAUUUUACUAAUCUGUGCUGUGCUGUGGCCUUCAUCGAAAAACUGGAUGCUCAGUCUUUAAAUCUAAGCCAAGAAGAUUUUGAUCGUUUUAUGACUGGUCAGACAUCCCCGAAGAAGCAAGAAUCUGACAGUUUUUCACCGGAUGUGUGCCUGGGUGUUAAGCAAAUGUAUAAAAACUUAGACCUCCUAUCUCAGUUGAAUGAGAGACAGGAAAGAAUUGUCAAUGAAGCCAAGAAGCUUGAGAAAGACCUAAUAGAUUGGACUGAUGGAAUUACAAAGGAAGUCCAAGAUAUUGUUGAGAAAUAUCCAUUAGAAAUAAAACCAAAAAAUCAAACCUUAGCAGCUAUUGACUCUGAAAAUGUGGAAAAUGACAAGCUGCCCCCACCACUGCAGCCUCAGGUUUAUGCAGGAUAAUUAUCAGUGUUAACUUUGAAAAGCAUCAUUUUCCUCACCUAGUACUAUCUGCUACUUGGGAAGGGAAGGAAAUUUGAGGCUAAAAAUGAGAUAAGCUUAAAUCAGUACAUUUUUAAAGGUACAUUUUUUUUUGUUAAGUGUAAUGAAUUGUAUUUAUUUUAGUCAAGUAGAUUUCUAUUAGGCUUUUGUGGGUUUUUGAACUGAAUUUAAAUUUUCUACACAAACCAGUGUAAUUUUUAAGCAACACUAGUCCAUUGACAUCUUUCCUGAAAGCUUCUAGGCAUGCACUUACUUGUUUUUAAUAAUUAGUUUAACUUAAAGAAUUUGAGUUCCAGCAGAAACUCGAAGGUACCAAUGUUAGUCUGAAUUUAUUCUGUAGCUGUAAAGAUGAAAUAUAUAUUGUAAAAUAUGUAAAAUUGUAAAUAGAUUUAAAAUCUAAUGUCUCAACUGUGCAUGACAUCUUGUGUAUGAGUGAAAAUGAUACAAAAGUGUUAAUUUUAGCACCUUUCAGUUAAAUCACAUUGCAGUAUAAAGGCAAGUACACUGUUAAUGUUUCAGUAAGCUAGAUGGUAUAACUGAUGAAUUACAGUCAGAGAGGAUAUUGUUGUAAUGAUCUGAAAACUUGACACUCAUUUUGUAAUCUGCUCUGUAAAAAAAAAAAAAAAAAGAAAAAAGAAGUGCUAUUUAAAAUAUGACAUUUCUUCAUGUAAAAGUUCUCUCUGCUUUGUCAGUACACCUGAUAGCCUUCAGUGGUGCACGCAAGUGCUGAUAUUUCUACUUUUGAAGAGAAUGUUGACCCAGGCUUUGGAAAUAAGAGGAAAUACUUGUAUUAAAAAUUGCAUAAUGUGGAACAAAAAGGGGGAGGGGAGAGGAGAUAGUGCAAGAAUUGCACCAAAAGUGGCUUUAUUUUCUGGCAUUGCCUAGUAAUUUCCACCAGUGGGCUAGGUCCUGAUUGCUUUUUUGACAAUCCUGGUAGAUAAAUAAGUUCAUAUAAUUAGAGGCUGCUUUUUAGAAGAAGCAGGAGUCAUUGCUCGGAGCAGAAAAGUGCACUUUAUUUUCACAAAACAUCAGUCUUCUGAUUUCUAGUGACUCCCCCUUUAGCAAAAGGACUUGCCUUGCUAAAGCAUUGAACGUUGAGGUAAAUACGGCUUUAUGUCACUAAAAGUUUAGAUCGAUGUAUUUCAAGUUAAUAGCUCACUCUGCAAAAAGUAACCUCUUGCAAUAUAACUUUUUUUUUAUGCCAGUGAAACAUUUUAUAUAUCAUUUUAAAUAUCUUCCAGUUAAUCCAAUUUGCCAUGAUUUGUUUGCAUACCUGAGAUAUCUAACAUAAAGCUACUUUGUUUGAACUACUUUUAAGUAAUGUUAAAUUCUUACCAUCAAGGAGGAAAGUACCUACCUCUUUAUUUGUUCCACUGCUUUAAAAACACUGCUGUUUUAAAUUUGCACUGCAAUAAUUUCAGACCACAACUGUGAUUUGUCCCUUUUUGUCAAAUGUAUUUAACCUUAUGAACUAUGCAUUCCUAGUGUUUCAGAGAUAACUGAUUACCCCAAAACUCCACUGCUGAGGUGAAGCAAUGAACUAAUCAGGUGAUCACAAAAAAUUACGUUAUUUAACGUAUCAAUGUGUCACUGCACCCAAAAGGCUUAGGAUCUGACCAGUGCUUGCAGUAAAUAAUACUAUAAAGUCUUUAUUUUCUUUAUAAACACUAGGUGCUAAUUCUGAUAUCCAGGUACAAGGGUUUUCCGAGGGGUGGGAGGGGGAAAGCAAACUUUUAGCUAUUGUGUAAAUUGCCAUGUUUAAAUAAAAGUGUGUACAUUAUGACCUUGUUAA